AUGUCCGUCAUCGCACAUGUUGAUCACGGGAAGUCAACGCUUACUGACUCGUUGGUCUCAAAAGCCGGUAUUAUUUCAUCAGCUAAAGCUGGUGAAGCUCGUUUCACUGAUACUCGUGCAGAUGAACAGGAAAGAUGUAUUACAAUCAAAUCGACGGCUAUAUCUAUGUACUUUGAAUUGAACAAGGAAGAUAUUAGUGAUGUUAAACAGAAAACAGAGGGCAACGAAUUUUUGAUUAAUUUAAUUGACUCUCCUGGACAUGUCGACUUUUCAUCUGAAGUCACUGCUGCCCUCCGUGUCACCGAUGGAGCAUUAGUCGUCGUCGAUUGUGUUGAAGGUGUCUGCGUCCAGACCGAAACAGUCUUACGACAAGCUUUAACAGAACGUAUCAAGCCCGUUGUCAUUAUCAACAAGGUUGACCGUGCAUUACUCGAGUUACAGCUUACAAAAGAAGAUCUAUACACUUCAUUCCAACGUACAGUCGAAUCCGUAAAUGUCAUCAUUUCAACGUAUCUCGAUACUAGCCUUGGAGAUCUUCAGGUAUAUCCUGAAAAGGGCACAGUCGCGUUCGGAUCAGGUCUUCAUGGUUGGGGUUUUACCCUCCGUCAAUUCGCCCAACGCUAUUCAAAAAAAUUUGGUGUUGAUUACGACAAAAUGAUGGGACGUCUUUGGGGUGAAAACUACUUUAAUCCUGCAACAAAGAAAUGGACGACAAAAGGCGUUACUACUGAGGGCAAGCCACUUGAACGUGCUUUCUGUAUGUUUGUACUCGAUCCAAUUUUCAAACUAUUCGACGCUAUUAUGAACUACAAAAAAGAUGAAGCAAAUAAAAUGAUAGAGAAAUUAGAUAUACAACUUAAAGGAGACGAGAAGGAUUUAGAAGGAAAGGCACUGCUCAAAGUUGUCAUGCGCAAGUUUUUACCGGCUGCAGAUGCUCUACUGGAAAUGAUAGUAAUCCACCUUCCAUCACCCGUCACGGCACAAAAAUACCGUGCUGAAAUGUUGUACGAAGGACCGGCUGACGACGAAUGUGCUAUUGCCAUCCGCGAAUGCAACCCCAACGGCCCACUUAUGUUGUACGUUUCUAAAAUGGUGCCGACAACCGACAAAGGUCGAUUUUAUGCCUUCGGUCGUGUGUUUUCCGGUACUGUCCGCUCAGGUCUCAAAGUCCGCAUCCAAGGACCCAACUACCAACCAGGCAAGAAGGAAGAUCUGUUUGUCAAAUCUAUUCAACGCACAAUUCUUAUGAUGGGACGUUAUGUUGAGCCUAUUGAGGACUGCCCAGCCGGUAAUAUCAUCGGUCUUGUCGGUGUUGACCAAUACUUACUAAAAUCCGGUACCAUCACAACAUCCGAAACGGCGCACAAUCUCAAAGUCAUGAAAUUCUCUGUAUCUCCUGUCGUGCGUGUUGCAGUCGAUGUCAAGAAUGCCAAUGAUCUGCCGAAACUCGUUGAAGGAUUGAAGCGGUUAUCAAAGUCGGACCCAUGUGUACAAUGUAUGACGUCAGAAUCCGGUGAACACAUUGUUGCUGGUGCUGGUGAAUUACAUUUAGAAAUCUGUCUAAAAGAUCUGGAGGAAGAUCACGCUCAAGUUCCCAUAAAAACAGGAGAUCCAGUUGUAUCGUAUCGUGAGACCGUCCAGGCCGAAUCUUCAGUAACAGCUUUAUCGAAGUCACCGAAUAAGCAUAACCGUAUAUUUAUGAAAGCACUACCAAUGCAAGAAGAAUUGUCCGCUGCAAUCGAAAAUGGCAAAAUUACACCACGUGACGACUUCAAAUCUCGUGCACGCGUUCUUGCAGAAGAGUUUGGUUGGGAUGUUACUGACGCUCGUAAAAUCUGGUGUUUCGGUCCUGAUACGACUGGACCGAAUCUAUUGGUUGAUUGCACGAAAGGAGUACAGUAUCUUAAUGAAAUUAAGGACUCGUGCGUUGCUGCAUUCCAGUGGGCCACAAAAGAAGGUGUCUGCGCUGAAGAGAAUAUGCGAUCAUGUCGAUUCAAUAUUCUUGAUGUUGUCUUACAUGCUGAUGCUAUCCAUCGCGGAGGUGGUCAAAUUAUUCCAACGUGUCGACGUGUCCUGUAUGCUUCUGUGUUGACAGCCACACCUGGCCUAUUAGAACCAGUGUACUUGGUAGAGAUUCAGUGUCCCGAACAAGCUAUGGGUGGCAUCUAUGGUGUAUUGAACAGACGUCGUGGACACGUCUUCCAGGAAGAACAACGUCCUGGUACUCCUCUUUACAAUGUAAAAGCAUAUCUACCUGUCAAUGAAUCUUUCGGCUUUACGGCUGACUUGCGAUCGCACACGGGAGGACAGGCGUUCCCUCAAUGUGUUUUCAGUCAUUGGCAACUAAUGAAUGGCACGCCUCUUGAAGUAAGCAAAGUACAAGAAAUUGUGAAAGGUAUCCGUAAGAGAAAGGGUCUAUCCGAAGACGUUCCAUCUCUUGACAAAUUCAUGGACAAACUAUAA